GAAGCAGAGCUAUGGCCCGCUGGCUGCGUUGUGUUGACAGUUCACUGUCGCAUGAUGUUUCCACUAUUAUUACGGUAGCAAGCUAUUUAAGUGGCAACAGCUUCAUACUGAAGUUUUAUCCCUUUUAAAAAUACAUCGGGAUUGUGUAUAGACGACCCCUCAUCAUUCGGAGUGGUUGACUUAUCACUAAUAAUUGCCAGAUAACGUUUUCCUGGCGAAUUGUCUGGAGGCUAGCCAGCUAGUUACCUUGCUAACAACUAAUAAUUUUACUUAGCAAAUUCGCUGUACCAAAACGUAGCCCGCUAUCAGAAUGCAUAUCAAGGAAUGUAUCAUGUCUGCACCUGGGAAAGCUAUCCUCCACGGAGAACACGCUGUCGUGCAUGGCAAUGUGGCUCUGGCUGUGAGUUUGAACCUGCGCACAUACCUACGGUUGCAAGCCACAUCCACCAGUAAAGUCUGCAUCAAUCUCCCCAACAUCAACACUUUCCUCAGCUGGGAUGUGACCAAGUUGAAGCAGCUGCUUCCUGACUCUGGAGCCGAACUGGGGAAUGUGAAUGAGCUUGAUGCAGAGCUUGUCAGGAGGCUGCGAGACUUGGUUGGUGUAUCAAAUGGAACCUUGGAUACUCGCAGCAUGGCCAUCUUAGCCUUCCUCUACAUCUACCUCUCUGUCUUUGCUGGGUCAGGGGAGUUACCCAGCCUGACUGUGUCUGUGUGGUCAGAGUUGCCAACUGGAGCGGGUCUGGGGUCAAGUGCUGCCUACUCUGUGUGCCUGGCUGCCGCUCUGCUCUCUGCAAGUGGGACCAUCCCUUCUCUACUCAGUGACCAGGAAAGCACAGCCAGGUGGGGUGAGGUGGAGAUGGAGCUGAUCAACAGGUGGGCGUUUCAGGGGGAGAGGAUCAUCCAUGGGAACCCGUCGGGGGUGGACAACGCCGUGGGGACAUGGGGUGGCAUAUUGAGAUACCAUUCUGGGAAAAUAACACCCCUAAACAGGGUCCCAAUGUUAAGGAUCCUACUCACAAACACCAAGGUCCCUCGCAGCACCAAGGUACUUGUUGCUGGAGUGAAGGACAAAAUGAACAAGUUUCCCUCUAUUAUAAACCCUGUACUGGAAUCUGUGAAUGCAGUCUCCUGCACCUGCGAGCAGACCUUAUCAGAGAUGACCAACGACACCCCCACACCAGAGCACUACAAUAUCCUGGAGGAACUCAUUGACAUCAACCAGCACCACCUGAACGUGAUGGGUGUAGGACACCCGGCCCUGGACACCCUGUGCCGCGUCACCUUGGCCAGAGGGCUACACAGCAAGCUGACUGGUGCCGGCGGAGGGGGCUGUGGUAUCACCCUGCUUAGACCAGACAAGAUAGAACUGCCAAAGGGGACGGUGUUGCAAUCUACUGCAAAGAUAGCCUGCAGAGUUCUGUCCUACUAUCCAGAAACGGAGUGCUCGGUGAUCCAGAACACUAUCCAGGACUUGAGAGACUGUGGCUAUGACUGCUGGGAGACCAGUGUAGGUGCAGAAGGCGUGCAGCAGCACUCUCCCCUCGCCGUCAAAAAGGAGGCCCUGGAGGUUUUAGCACGCUACUGAGACCCACUGGCCAUGGGUCUGCCCUUCCUAUGGGUGAACAGGUGACGCUUUGCUCCAUUACUUUGGCCUACCAAGUCUUCUAUUGUUAAGGCCUGACAACUUCCAACAGAAGAGUUGGCUACAGCACAAUACAGCAUGGGACAUGCAUAAAUGCUAAUAGCGCUUCUCUAACGACCAACCGUCAAGUCAGCCUCUUUGUUUCAGGGGAGGACAGUUGCUAAUCACCCACUCUUCAUAUAUUUUUCUGCCAUUUCACGAGGUCAUGGAACUAAGAUUGUAGGGGCACUAGGCAGGUGAUCACACCUCCCUUUUAAAAUAAGUGGUGUUCUUUGUUUUCAUUAUUUGGUAUGCACUGUAGCCUUCCCUAUCCCCUGGCUUGAAAUGAUUGUUUACUAAUGUGUAUUUAAACUGUUUUUGGUUUAGCAGGAGCUUACCAUGAAACUUCAAAAGAAGAUGUUGCAAAAAAGCAAGAUAAACCCAGUGCGUAGCAGUGUGUCUAGGUGCUAGUAUUUAAAAACAAGUCAAAAAUGUAUUGAAAGAUGACAGGCCACCGACCUUGACUCCAGUGUAUAUUUGCUUUUCUUUUUAAUAUUAGCAUUGCAUCAAACUCAGUUGGUCACCUGAUUUCUUUUUCUUUUUUUCAGUUUGCAGUUGUUUACACUUGUUUUUGAAUAUCAAUACCUUGGUUGACUUGUUCUUCGUUUCAAAUGAGGGUGCUGUGAGCCAUUUGUCGUAUAGAUGGCAGCAAAAUGUAAGAAUGAACUAACCUCUUAACUGACAUGAGCAAAUCGUAGCGAAGAGAUUGUCAUUCAGUUUUUGCUUCAGGUGUUAAUACAAUGCCAAAGCAGAUGCAUUCCUAGGUAUACAAACCUUUUUAAAACUGAAAAUAAAAAUGUGCAUAAUU